AUGGAUUAAUCUACAGUGGCUCUAAAGGUUGAUAUAAAUUCAAUUAUUGUUAGGCUGAGGUAAAAGAGUAUCAAAUCAGCAAGAUAGAUACUAAUGUCAUUCUAUUCAUUUUAUUGGUAUCCAAGAGGGAUGGAUAGUAAUGGACAUUAGAAAAGAGGUAUUCUGAAUUUGAUGAUCUGAAUAAUAACUUAAAGAAGGUAAGAUUAUUUAUACAAUGUAUUAUAGGUGUUUACAACUUUACCUCCAUUGCCAGGAAAAACAUUGUUUAAGUUGAAGGAACAUGUAGAUAUUGAGAAGAGAAGAGUGGGACUAGAUUAUUACAUUAAGGUAAAAAGAUAUGAAUAAGAGUAGGAAUUAUUAAAAAGACCAGAUGUGUUUAAUUCUGAGUCUAUGAAACAAUUUUUAUAGUUGGAGAAGCAUGCUUAAGAAUAAGUGGUCAAUCCACCUAAGAUGUUAGGAGAAAUUACAGGAUUCAUACAUGGAUUAAGAGAUUUCUAUAUAGAGAGAUCAUAGAGUAAAAAAAAUCAAUUAUUAAUUUCCUUUCUCUAGAUGUCAUUUUUGUGUUGUCCUCAGAUAUGAAUGUAGCUAGUAGAUUUGAUGCUUACUUAACUAAUAUGAAAAUGCCAUGGGAAAAGGAAGCUCCUCCAACUCUAUUGGCAGUUGGAUGUUUGGAAUGUUGGGUGAAGACAAAUGACGAAAACGAAUUCAAGUAUGAGAGAAUGUGGAAUAAAACCUAUCCAUCAUAAGCUAUUUGUUUAUAUUGGGAUGCAGUGACGUCAAAUUUAAUUGUUGGAUUGGAUGAAGGAAAAUUGAAUUUAUUAAAGGUACCUUCAGAAAGUCAAUUUAUAAGAUACGAUGAAGUACUUAAAUCAUAAAAUAAUAUUAGUAAGCAGAUAUCAAAGCACAUUAGGGUAGAGUGAUGGGUGUAUUUUAUGAUUCCAUAAAUUCACAUAUUCAUUCUGUAUCAGAAGAUAAGAAAUAUAAAGUACUUGAUUUUUAAAGAUAAAUCACAAUUGCAGAACUCUAACCAAGUUAACAUGGUUUAACAGGUUUAGCAGCUGAUAAAGAAAAUAGGAGAAUAUUUGUUUCAGAUAGAGGAGGCUAUGUUCAUGUAUUUGAAAUUACAUCUGCAACAAUGGGUCCAUCUUUGGCUGUCUCAGUUGCAUCCUAAACACUCUCUCCAAUUAGAGGAAUCUUUUUUGAUCCAGUCAAGAAUUAUUUAUUCACAGCAGGUUUUGAUUAAGGUGAAAUUGGUAUUUUUGAAGUUGGUAAGAGUGGUAGAGAAAAAUUUACUAAAUAAACAGCAAGUUUAAAAGGCAAACUUUAAUUGAGAGAAAUAGUUUGGUCACCUUCUAGAGGAGAAUGUAUGGUAGGUAAUAAAGAUGGUACAGUCACUGUAUGGAGUGGUAAAAAGGCUGCACCAAUAUGUAUUUUGAAUAUAUAUAUUUUUAGUUGUAAUUAAGGCUCAUAAUACAGAUAUUACUAAACUCUAAUGGUAUGAAGAUAAACACAUGUUAGUAACUAGUGGUAAGGAGAAAUCUUUGAAAGUAUAUUGAAUUAUUAAAUAAUAAUUAGUUUUGGCAAUUACCAAAGGAAUGGAGAGAUAAAAAGAUUGAAUAAUAAGAGGAAUAAGAGUAUGAACAAAUGAAGAAAUAAGAAAAUAUCAAAAUAAGUAUUGAGUCUACUAAAAAGGUAUAUUUAUAUAUAUAAAUAUAUUAUUAUAGAAAGAGUUUGAUUCUGAUGAAGAUGAUCUUAAAGGAUGGCAUAAAAUGUGAAGU